AUGGAUCUGUCUUUUCAAGGGAAGAAGAGGUGUUCAAAGGCGAUGAUAAGAAGAGGAAAAAGAGACGAUUGGGUCGCGCCGGAGAUUCCUUGGGAGAUCGAGAUCGAGAUAUUGAUUAGAUUGCCUGUUAAAUCGCUGAUGAGGUUCAAGUGCGUCUCGAAGCUCUGGUUUGAUCUUAUCCUCUCUCAAUAUUUUACCAACCGUUAUCAUCUUCCGGUUGCAUGCACACCUCGUCUACACAUGAGUUUGGUGUACCACGUCCCCUGUGAUGCACUGGAGGUAUGCCACAACCCCUACGAGUCUGUACUGCUAUCAUUAUCAUUAUCAUCAUCAUCGUCUAGUGAUAACGCUAAGUCUUUCUACUCUGAUUUGAUCAUGCCAGGGAUGGGAGGAAACGACCUGGUGGUUCUUCGCGGCUUGAUUUUAUACGUUGUUUGCAGAAAGGCGUGUAUCUAUAAUCCCGUCACCAGACAAAGCAUUACUUUGCCAGCCGUCAAAUCCAAAACCUUUAAUCAAGAUGAAGUUCGUAAGCAUGUCUUCUACGAUUUCGGACACGAUCCUGUUCUUGAUCAAUACAAAGUAGUCUGCACUGUUGCGUUAUGCUCGAAAAUUUUUGUCAAGAUAACCUCGGAGCAUUGGGUCUUGGUACUCGGAUCCGGAUGUUCCUGGAAAACAAUUGAGUUUGAUCAACCUCACAUGCCUACAAGAGCAGGACUGUGCAUCGAUGGAGUUUUAUACUAUUUGGCUUCCACUUGUAACUCUCGCAGUGUCCUUGUCAGGUUUGAUGUUGGAUCUGAAGAGUGCAUUACGUUCCAAGUGCCUCACUCGCUGGCUUCAAUAUAUUCGCGUACGAGUUUUAUAGAGUAUGGUGGAAAACCAGCUGUUUUUGAUAAUACUCAUCUUGUACCAGCGGGUUUGGUGGUCAUAUGGGUCUUGGAAGAUGGUGGAAGAUGGUCGACUAAAUCCUUGUUUUUCCAGUCUUGUCAGAUGCAUUUAGUUGAUAACAACAUGCCAUUGUAUGCACGCGGUACUACUCACAACGGCGAGGUUAUCUUGGGACCGGCGCGCUUGGUUUCCCCUUAUCACAUUCUCUACUACGAUGUGCAAAAGAAUGAUUUAAGAAAGGUUGGAAUCCAAGGAAUACCGGACCACUGGUUUGUUCGUAAGCCAGACGCCUUCAACUUUUAUCUCAGUAUUAUGGAUAAGAGUGAAAGCAUCAUGCACUUGGAAUCUUAG